AUGGCGGGACCGGGCGACGGUCAAGCGACUGCGUCCAACGACGAAGCAGCGUCGGCGCUCUGGCCAGCCGCUGUGCAAGCGCUUCAGACCUUUCGUGGGCUGCAUGAUCAUCUCGACGUACCGGUCGACUUUGUCGUCCCGACGACGGCAGCAUGGCCAGCCUCCACCCAUGGUCUCCAGCUCGGACGGCGCGUGGCCUCUCUGCGCACGCAGCCCACGGUCGAUCCAGUGAACAAGGCGACACUGGAUGCGCUGGGUUUUGACUGGAAGCCUGUGGUCCACUACCGCCGGUGGAGCUGGGCGCAUCGGUUCGAGGCGCUGUGCUUGUACCGGGAAGAGCACGGCGACCUCGCGGUGCCGACGACGUACGUCGUGCCGGCGUCGAACCCACGUCACCUGCACCACCUCCCGCUUGGCCGCGUCGUCAACAAUCUGCGCUUUGAAUGCCGCGUUCACACGCCCGAGCGAGUGCAACGAACGAGCGACCUCGACGCGCUUGGGUUUCUUUGGCGUCUGCGAAGCAAGACGACGUUUUGCGUCGUGCAUCUUCCGGGCAAGCGCGCUCCAUUGGCUCAACUCGUCGCGUGGUCAGACCAGAUUGAAGCCCUCGUUGUCUUUCAGCGUCUGAACGGCCACGCCAAUGUGCCCGACGGGUUUGUCGUGCCGCCCGACGCGGACGUGUGGCCUCUUCCGAUGCACUACGUCGCCUUGGACCUCGCGCUCGCGUCACUACGCGCCCAUGUCUACGAGCUGCCCGAGGCCGACGCCCAACGGCUCCGUGAGGCCGGCUUUUUCGCCGAUCUGCCCGACUUUGUUACAUUUCUCAAGCUGCUGGACAUGUACCGCACCGAGUUUGGCACUUGCGCCGUGCACAUCGACUUUGUCGUGCCUCAGUCAGGCGGCUUCUGGAUGAACGCCUGGCGCGGCUUGGCCCUCGGCGACCUCGCGUGGUCGGUCGGCUUGAAGGCUCAGGCGCUCAAGGUUGCACAGCGCUGCGACCUCGAAGGCGUCGGCUUUGUUUUCAACGUCGACGCGACGUGGGCCAAUGUCUUGCGCGGUCUUGAGCACUUUUCAAGCCUCUACGGUGCAAUGCGGGCGGUCCCAAUGACGUUUGUAGCACCAUCUACUUGGCCAGACGACCUUGUCGGCCUGCAGCUCGGACGCUUCGUCGAGCGCAUGCACACGGCAAAGCGGCUGCGUCUACUGCCACCGGCCACGGCAGCGACGUUCGCAACGCUUACGAUGAUACCUCCUGUCCGCAUGCAGGCAUGGGAGCCGCCAGACGCUACCAACACACCGCCAGUGGUUGUGCCACCGUCGCCAGUCGCCGUGCCCCUGCCAAGCGUCGCUCACGAGCAGCCGGCAGCUCGAGCGAUCUCCGCGCCCGAGGUUGACAGCGACGCAAACGAACGCUGCGACCACCUCGUUGCGCUGGAUCUGUGGCUGCACGCGACGCCACGCCCGAGCGAGUCGACUCUCCUUGGCGCCAUAUCGCCGGCAUGUCCGGUCGCACUACGAUCCAUGUCGGUGGCCGCACUUUUGCUCGAGCUCGAGGUCGGACAAGCGUUUGAGCAUCUGCAGCCGGCCCUCGACGCCCGGCAAUUCGACCGCCAAGCUCGGUGGGCGAUCACGUUCCAGGCGCUCGCAAUGUUCAAGGCGUUCCACGGUCAUUUGGACGUGCCUCAAACGUUCUCUGUCGAUGUCAGCGUGGCCUGGCCAGCGUCAACCCAUUGCCUACGACUCGGUGACGUUGUGUUUGGGUUGCGGCGCCUCACAGCAGCCAAUAUUACGACAACGAUCGUGGCGCAGCUCAAUGCCAUUGACUUUGGGUGGGCUGAUUUGCCAGUGGCCGUCGCUGCCGACGAUGCACUGUUGCUCGCCCCAGAGCCGCCGGCGUCCAUUGCCGACGCAGCGCCAGUGGCGUCCGUUCAAGACGUCCACGCGACUGCAUCGGCUCGGGGUGCCUUGCCUAGCAUUUCCGACGAUGUGGAAGGCGGCUCCGAUCGUGACGACGACGACCGCAGUGACAUGAUUGUUCUUCUCGACUCGGACAACGACAACCAAAGUGACGCCGACAACCACGACAUUAUCGAUCUCUGCAGCACCGAUGAGGACACUGAUGACGACAUGGGUAUCGACCACGACGUCAACGACGACGACGCCACCGAUGCGAUCCCGGCGCAGGACGUUUCCGUCGACGUCCGCCGUCGUCCAGAUUCUCUGGAGUCCCCGGCACCGCCAGUCGUUCAGGCCAUGGGAAGAGCCUCCGAUGACGACGCACCACUGGCGGCCGACGACUACCCCGCACCACCAAACUUUCUCGCGAUGAAGCAAGCCGUGGGCGGUGACCACAUCGUUGCUGCGAGCUCUUUGGCGCCACGACCGGCCGAGACCGGGUGCGAGUACCCUGCGCCGCCCCAACUUCCCGCACGCAACCGGCUCACCCCCCUGUACCCGGGGCCUCCGCGUCUGCCAGCGUCGUCGACGCGACCAUUUCUGUAG